CCCCGAUGACGUCACGUCGCAGCGGGACCAAUCAGCGGCGGGGAGGGGCGGGGCCUGGCGGCGGCGGCGGCGCCGGUCCCGCGGGUCCAGCGCGCUCCCGGUCCCGGUCCGGCCAUGGCCCAGCGCGGCGGCCCCGCGGUGCUCCCGGACAACCCCUUCCAGGACCCCGCGGCGCUGCAGGCCCGGCCCGGGUCUGUGCUCGAUGGCUACAACCCCUUCGAGAGCGACGCGGUGAGCGGCGGGGCCUGCCCGGACACCGGGGCCUGCCCGUGUACCGGAUCUUCUUCCCGGGCACCGGAGCCCUCCCCGCUGCUGGCGCGGUCUCACCUCUCUCCUCUUCCCCUGCAGCCACCGCCGCCCUUCCAGACCCCUUCGGUGGCGCCGCCGCCCCCGGUACCGGCGGCCGCGCAGCCCCCGCGGAAGGCGAGUCCCACCGAGCCCCGCAACUACGGCUCCUACGGCUCGCAGGCCUCGGCCGCCGCCGCCACGGCAGAGCUGCUGAAGCGGCAGGAGGAGCUCAACCGGAAAGCGGAGGAGCUGGACCGGCGGGAGCGGGAGCUGCAGAACGCGGCGCUCGGCGGUUCCCAGACGAGGCUCAACAACUGGCCCCCGCUGCCGUCCUUCUGCCCGGUGAAGCCGUGCUUCUACCAGGACAUCCCCGUGGAGAUCCCUGCUGACUUCCAGAAGACAGUUACAACCAUGUACUACCUCUGGAUGGCCAGCACCAUUGCUCUGUUCAUGAACUUCCUGUCCUCGCUCGCCUGGUUCUGCGUGGAUCCCUCAUCCGGUUCUGGGUUUGGCCUCUCCAUCCUCUGGGCUCUGCUCUACACGCCCUGUUCCUUUGUCUGUUGGUACCGGCCCAUGUACAAAGCUUUCAGGAGCGACAGUUCCUUCAACUUCUUUGUCUUCUUCUUCGUGUUCUUUGCCCAGAACGUGAUGUAUGUGCUGCAGGCCAUCGGCAUCCCAAACUGGGGAUUCAGCGGCUGGAUCCUGAGCCUGAUAGCACUGCGGACUAACACGGCCGUGGCUGUGAUGAUGAUCCUGGUGUCCUUGUCCUUCACGGCAGUGGCUGUGCUGGGGAUCAUCAUGCUGAAAAAGCCACGCGGGCGCCCAGCCCUGCCCCUCCCGGCGCACCGGGGCUCUUCCCGAGGAAGAAGAGGAAACCUGAGGAAGAGGAAACCCGAGUCGCACUUUCACUGGAUCCCCGUGCGUCCGCAUCAGAGGCUGCCUCAUCCCAGCUUGGAAGUGCUGGUGCCUGAAUCGUCUGCUGCUCUUUACCCCCUUUCCUCACGGACAGAGGCUGUUCUGGUUUGUGCUGGUCCCCUCCCCUCAGCAGACUGGGGGGAGCAGGGUGGGGAGCGCUGAGGCCAAGCCCUGAGCCAUUGCCCUCCCUUCCAGCACCAGCUGCUGGGGGCAGGAGCCUCCUCCAGAUGGCUGGAAUGCUGCUUCCAGGGACUGGAACGGUCACUUGCCUUCCUUGUGCUCUCCUGUUUCCCCACCCGGUGAUGACACUUGUGUGUGUGGGAGGGUCCCCUGCCCCCCGUGUGCCCCCGGACCCCCAUGCUCUGCCAAGAAUGUCAUCCCCUUCUUCCUCCUGGGGCUUGCUCCAGUGGGAUGAGGAUGGGGCUGGUGCUUUUCCCCAGGGUGUCUUGUCCUUUUGUCCUGUCCCUUUCCCCAUCCUCUCCCUCUCUUCAGGCCCAGGGAUGAGGAGAGCAGGGCAGGGACAGGCAGAGCUCGGGCAGCUGCUGCUUGUGGGGAUCCUGCCUUUAGCCCAUGUGGACCCCAAAGCUGGGCUGGGUGCCGAGGAGCAGCCCUGGCGUUUACAUGGCACCCCUUUGCCUCCAGGGAGGGCUGAACAGCUCCUUCAGUCCCCCUCCCCACCUGCUUCGAGGACUGUGACCCCUUGCUGCCCCCAGCACCCUUCAGCCAAGGCCUUUGGGGGCUGAGCCAGUCCUGGUGUGCAGCCCCUCGCCCCCUUACCUGCCCUCUGUCCCCUGUCCUGGUGUCCCUGGGGAUCCCCAGGACAGGUCUCAUGCAUUCUGCUUCAGUCCGUCUCCUCUCGGAUGCUCCCGGUUUGUCCCCGCAGCUCCGGGGCUGGCGAGAGGCUUUGUGCCUUCAGCUGUGGGGGCCGGUGCCCUCCCGGUCCCGCUGCGGCCGGGGCUCCUCCGGGCGUCCCUGCCUCCUCCGCUACUCCCCGUGUGCUGUUCCCGACCGCUCCCGGUUUAUUUAAGGAAUAAAUGAAGGUUCACUCUC